AUGCGUGGCGGCGGACGCAUCAGACACGUUCGAAUAAUAGACGAUGUCUUGACUGCGGAUUCCAUUAACAACGACACAAAGAAAAGAUUACCUCCUGAGGAUCCUCAUGCUGAAGUUUUUUCUCCUAUUUCGGAUCCUAGCGUAUCCAAUACGGAGAAUGGUACAGAAGAGAACUGCGAGUCGCUGCCAGAAGUCCAGACUGCGGUGAAUCCACUAGCUGGCCAAAAUCCACUGUUUAUCUUCUUCACAAGCGGCACAACCGGUUUACCAAAGGCGGCAGAAUAUGCUCAUCGAUCACUCAUCAUCAACCUUCAACAGAUGAGCCUUCCGCUCUACGGACCCGUUCAGCCACGGGAACGUUUCCUUCUUCCACUCUCGCUUUCUCACAUUUAUGGAGUUAUAUCCGCUUACUAUGCGCUGGUCAAUGGCGCAACUGUCUACAUGAUGUCGAAAGUGUCAGCAAAGACUCUCGUAGAGAACAUAGUAAAUUUAAAUAUAAAUGUCUCACAUAUCACAUCGGCAAUGAUUCUGUGGCUCUCCAUGGACACGGCGCUGGAAGCGCUACAAGCAAACAACCUUCGCUCGCUUUUGGUAGCCGGAGCACCAAUUGACGCAAAUUUGGCGAAUUAUGCCAAGCGAAGAAUGCACUUGAAGGAUUUGAGGCAAUCUUAUGGAAUGACAGAACUUGGAGGAUUGUGCACCCUUUCUCCUUACGAAUUCGACAAGAUCGAGAGUGUUGGAUCACCACUUCCAGGAAUGCUAUUCAAAAUUGUCAGCUGGGAAACCAAACAGCUUUGCCCGCCAAGAACACCAGGGCAGUUGAUGGUGAUGGGACCACAAGUAGCUCCAUGCUACUAUAAGAAUGCUAAAGCGACAGCUGAACUCCUAGACUCGAGCGGCUACGUGAAGACAGGUGAUGCCGCGUUUUAUGACGAGACUGGUAACAUCUAUGUGUUGGACCGAAUGAAGGAUAUAAUCAAGUACAAAGGAACACUGGUCUGUCCAUCGGAGGUCGAGUUGACGCUCAGAGUCCAUCCAGGGGUCGAUGACUGCGCUGUUGUUGGAAGGCAAGACCAUGUCUCUGGCGAGCAGGUGCCGGCCGCUUUUGUUGUGAAGAACUCGGCACACCCUCUGCUAUCGUCAGCUGAGGUCCGGCAGUAUGUUUCAGGAAAAAUCCCUACGUUCAAGGAGCUCCGAGGAGGGGUGUUUUUUGUACCAGAAAUUCCACGAAGCAUCUGUGGAAAAGUACUACGUCGACAUUUGAGACAAUUCUGGGACAGAGAAAGGACAAAUUCGAAGGACGUCGUUUCGAAAGACGGUAAACCAGGAAAACUGCUCGAUAGGACUGACAAGCUUGCCAGUAAGAAGGCUAACGGCACAACAACUCCGACGAAGAGACCACCUGGCCGUGCUCAGAAGAAGUAG